AUGCCUGUUCAACAGCACGUUUUGAACUGGCUCUAUAGUGUUCUCACAAGCGAGUACCAUGACGUAAACCGCACAUACAACGAUGUCGCCCAAGCUCUGUCGCAGUACCCAUCGCUGUCACCGCGAACCGAUGUUCACACUUUCGACACCGGUAUCUCCGCCCUUCUCCUCCACCUCACCGGCACAGUACCGGUCAUCUUCAGAGGCACGACAUAUCGAUUCCCCAUCUCAGUAUGGGUUCCGCACGCAUAUCCCCGAGAGGCCCCUUUGGUCUACGUGACCCCCACCGAGUCCAUGAUGGUUCGUCCUGGCCAACAUGUAGAUCCUCAAGGCCAGGUCUAUCACCCUUACCUGGUGGGCUGGUCCGCGUUCUGGGAUAAAUCGACCAUUCUUGACUUCCUAGCGAUUCUCCGAGAUAUAUUUGCCAAGGAACCCCCCGUCAUUGCUCGUCCCCGAGAAAGGCAGCCGCCUCUCAUUUCUGCCUCCCCUUCGCAGUCCCACGGCCAAACACCACCGCCCGUUCCCCCACUGCCGUCAGACCUACCUUCUCAUGCAACCCAUCGUCCGACGACGCAGACGCCCGUAAGCAAUUCACAACCACCUCCACCGCCGCCCAAACCUUCUGGCACUGGGCCACCUUACCGCAGCCCUCCACCUCCUUUGGAUGCUAGAAGCGGCCCUCCUCUUCCACCUCUACCACCGGGCGUUGACCGCACAGCCCUCCAUGGAAAGCAGCCGGAGCAGCCCCAGAGCCAAGGCUAUUCUCGCUAUGAUUCUGCACCACCUCUACCGCCAGCCGCCAUCCCUCAACACCCGCAUAACGCUGUGGCGCCGUCUCCGCGAUCAACGGGCGAGCUCCCACCUCAGCCGCCGCAGCAGACACGCCCUGACGUGACCCAAAGCCAGUCAUCCAUUUCGAAUCAUCAGUAUUCUGCACCCGUCCCGCCUCCUUCGCAGCCCGCCCAGCAUUAUAGUGGGCCUCCCCCGGGCUGGCAACCGGCUCUCGGACAACACCAACCGCUGCCGCAACAGCACCCACAACAGCACCCGCCACUGCAGCAGCAAGCACCCAAGGCGGCACCCCCUCCAGAUCUGCUCGAUGAACCUCUCACCCUCAGCAUUCCGUCUCCAUCCUCUGUAUCCGCGCCACCAAUCCCUCCAAACCCGGAAAAGGACGCACUUUUGCAUCAGCUGGCUCAAACGCUCCAUUCUCUACGCCAACGGAGUCGCCAGCAGAACGAGAACAGCAUGGCGGGCCUUCAAGCGCAACGCACAGCCAUGCUGAACGCCUUCUCAACACUCCAGUCCGAGAUGGGCACCAUCAGCCAGACAUCAGCCCUGCUUCAGUCUAACGCAAAUAUCCUUGUGGAGGCUUUACGGAAGGCCGACACCGUUGUUGAAGGCUCCACUCGUCAAACGGCCCCGGAUAUUGAUGAGCUGCUAGUAGCUCCCACCAUUGUAGCCAAUCAGCUGUACAAUCUUGUGGCCGAAGAAAAGGCUAUAGGUGAUACCAUAUUUGUCUUAGGCCGUGCUGUUGAGCGUGGCCGUAUAUCACCUGCAGUCUUUGCCAAGACAACUCGCUCUUUGGCAAGAGAGUGGUACUUGAAGAAAGCACUGGUGCGCAAGAUAGGAAAAGGGAUGGGACUAGCAGCAUAG